CCUAAUUGUUGUGAUAAACUUAUUAAAUAGGUUUGGAUAUGAGUGAAGACAGAGAGAUUGUACGAGCCAUAUGGGAAGGCAAAGUUCCUGUGAAAUUCGUCUUGUCAGAGGCUGAAAUAAUAUCUUUUGAUAAACCGCAACCAUUUUACAUUAUGAUGAACCGCAUUUUUUACAUAUCACAAAUCUCAGAUAAGAUACAGAGACAUUUCAUCGAAUACAUCAACAAAAAAGAUUUCGACGAAGUCUGGUUUGAAUAUAAUGGCUGCAAAUUAAAGUGGCACUAUCCGAUCGGCCUCUUGUAUGAUCUGCUAGCUUCUGAGGAUGCACUCCCUUGGGUCAUCACCGUGCACCUAACAAAUUUCCCUAAAAGUGAAUUGCUUCGGAACAGUGCAUCUUUGGACAGUCUUCAGUCUUACUUCAUCAUGUGUGUGAAAGAGGCGGACGCUCUGAGACACAGGAGUCAAGUGAUGUCUAAUCUGCAGAAGAGUGACUACAACAAACUCUGGUUCGGCUUCAAGGACUCAAAUUUUGACCAGUUCUGGUCCGUGAACCGACGACUCAUUGAGCGGAUAUACGACGAGCCCUUCAAAUACAUACCAUUCAGAAUAUACGACUCAGAGCUCAACUACAAAACAAAAUUAGUGUCCCCUGUAUGUUACGACACUGGUGAAGUUUCAACUCUGGGCACCUUGCUUAAACAAGUUCUACCUGAGUCAACCUACUCGAAAUGGAGCAAAAAGCAGCUCUCAACUAUAAUACAUGGCAUGGAAGUGCGGCCGGAGAUACCCUUGCAAUGGCUGAGUGAAAAUCUAUCUUAUCCCGACAACUUCUUACACAUUGCACUGGUGUAUCCCAAGAGCUCAUUUGAGUGAAGUUUCCUUUCAAAUUGGCGGUUAUUGAUCUCAGAAAAGGGUAGAAGUGUGUGACAGUUGGACGUAUAUCUCAAGUGUAGGAUGGAAAAUCAAUAGUACCAAUCGACAAAAAUCUGUUAGCGCAAAGAAAGAAAAAGUGACAUAAAAGGCGAACAGUUUAAAUCAUGUGUUUAAUUUUGCGUUGCUCGAAAUCAAAUUACAAAUUAAUGCUUUGGUUUUUAU